GAGGACUCAACAGACCGGGUGAAGUGAUUUAGCGCAUUGAUACAUUGCGACGAUGGAGGGCAAUCUGGACACAAUGUAGCUAACCAACGGGUCAACUAUUAGAGCACGGUUGGCAUCCAUUAUUUCUUUCCAUAUAUUAUUUAGGCAUUUUGAUUCUUGAAGGAUGUCGGUAGCCGGGUUUAAGAAGCAAUUUCACAAAGCAAGUCAGCUAUUGAGUGAGAAGAUAAUUGGGGCUGAGGGAACAAAGCUGGAUGAAGAGUUUCAAAAAAUGGAAAGGAGAAUUGAUGUGACCCACAAAAUGGUUCUUGAACUUGUGCCCAAAACCACAGAGUACCUCCAACCAAACCCAGCAUAUAGAGCCAAACUGGGCAUGCUCAACACAGUGUCCAGGAUCCGUGGGCAGGUGAAGGCUGUGGGGUACCCCCAGACUGAGGGAAUGCUGGGAGACUGCAUGUUGCACUACGGCAGAGAACUGGGAGUCGGCUCUGCCUUUGGAUGUGCACUGGCGGACAUUGGGGAAGCCUUGAAACAGAUGGCCGUAGCCAGAGAUUCCCUGGACAUCAGUGUGAAGAACAACUUCAUCGACCCACUGCAGGCACUCCAGGACAGAGAGUUGAGGGAAAUAGGGUACCACCUAAGAAAACUUGAAGGACGUCGGCUAGACUUUGACUACAAGAAACGACGCAAAGGAAAGAUACCUGACGAGGAGAUCAUGCAGGCGUGGGAGAAGUUUUCGGACUCCAAAGAGCUGGCAGAGAGAAGCAUGUUCGACCUCUUAGAAAGUGAUGCGGAGCAUGUGACUCACCUAUCAGCUUUGAUUGGGGCCGCUCUGGACUAUCACCGCCAGUCUUGCCAAAUCCUGGACAGCCUCAAUCGAAGUCUGCAGGGCAGGCUAGCCAUUGCAAGCAACCGACCAAAGAGGGAGCCCAGGCCCAAAUCUAUUAAGGUUAACACAAUCAACACACAACAAAAUGGAUCUUCCCACAGAUCAUCAGUCAAAUCAGUUAUAUCUUCAGAUGCCCAGAUAAGUCAAGCUGUCAAUGGAAAAAAUUACCAGUACACAAACAUACCUCGAAGACCAGAGAGUCCCAUCAUCUGUAACCAUGAUUGUGAGGUUUUCCUAGACCAGCCUUGCUGCCGGGCGCUCUACCGCUUUGUGGCUGAGAAUGAAGGAGAGCUGGGCUUCAAGGAGGGCGACCUCAUCAUCCUCACAAACCAGAUUGAUGACAACUGGUAUGAGGGCAUGAUCAGCGGGGAGUCUGGCUUUUUUCCCAUCAGCUACGUCAAUGUCCUUGUGCCUUUGCCACAGUGAUACCAGGGUAGCACCACAAGCUAUGACGUCAUCACCUCGGAGCACUCUCUAGAAAUCUUAUUUUGCAAUGAAUGUCACUCCGCUUUCUGAUGUUUAUUGACUGAAUUUUUAGUAUUUCUGAGCUUAUCUGUUAGAAGCAUUUCAGGACGGCCUCAUUUGGUGGUACCGUCACUUCUUCCUGGAUCUGUGAAUUCUUCAUUUCACCUUAUUUUCUGAGGCCAUAGAGCUAUUGACAUCCAAUGUCUUUGCGUACUCCACAGGUUUCAUCAAGGCUACACCAUUUCAGACAGUCCUAUGCAAUAUUUUCUCUCUCCCUUGAAAGCCCAUCUUAGUUACAUUUGUCUCCAUUGUGUGCUGUUAGGUGGCCUAAAGCUCACCUUUUGUUACUUUUCCCCUCUGUUGUCUAGUGGUCUUUCCUCAGCAUAAUAAUGGGUCAAUUAGUAGUGUGACACUUUUUAAUUCAGCACACUUUUGUGAUAUCAUGGAACACUUCAGCUGCUUUAUUAAGAUUUGUUUUAAUCUUGGGACUGUUAUUACCAUAUUCAGGGUCAAUAUUCAUGUCUUCAUUUAGCUCUCCAGAACCUAAGGGGGGUAUACCCAGUUUACAGCUGGAACCUGUUUUGGGUUCUCAGAGGAUUUUACGGACCACAGCUGGCUCCAUUUGAACUACAAUCCCAAUGCUCUUGUUUAUUCCUGACGCUCUGUGGAAAUGCAAAUGCACCACACUUGCGAUACGGUUUUGGAUAUCUUUGGAACUUUACUUUUAUAUAAGCGAGAAAUAAUAUUUAAAAUUCAAAAGAUACACUUACUGUGCGCAGUUUAGGAAAGUUGCACCUAGCUGUUUUCACACACCAUUAUGACAUCCUCUCACCUUGCACUCACGUUUCCAUUGAACCAUUCCAUAUUUCUGGUGUUUAAAAAUAAAGCCGGGUGCAACUUUACACGGUAAGUAUCUAAAAAAAAUUCAUAGAAGCAAUGUUCCAAAUGUUUCUGAAACUAUCAUGUGAGAGGCGCAUUUGUGUUUAGGUGGAGCAUUCCCUCAGGCGACAGACAGCUUUGGGAGUAGACAGUAUAAUUAAGCAAUAAGGCCCAGGGGUGUGUGGUAUAUGGCCAAUAUACCACGGCUAAGGGCUGUUCUUAGGGACGACGCAACACGGUGUGCCUGGAUACAGCCCUUGGCCUUGGUAUAUUGGCCAUAUACCACAGAACCCUGAGGUGCCUUUAUUGCGACUAUAAACUGCUUACCAACAUAAUUAGAGCAGUAUAAUUAUUUUGGGUCGUACCUGUGGUAUACGGUAUUAUAUACCACAGCUGUCAGCCAAUCUGCAUUCAGGGCUCGAACCACCCAGUUUAUUAUGUUUAAUAUUACCGUCUAUUGAAUGAGCUAGCCUUCGUUGUGGAAAGGUCAGGGUUAAGACUUGUCUGCAUAUCAAUUUGAACAGAAGAGAAGAGGAAAUAUCUCUUAUCAAACACCAUUUGUGAUCUUUAUAGCUGUUUCAUGUUACACUACACUUUAAAGGUGUUUAUGAUGCGUGUGUGCUUUAUCCACUUAAAUAUGAUCCCUUUCAUAGUUUUUCCCCCUUCCACAAACAGUAGAAACACUUGUUGCCUUUAAGCACUUUUUAAAAAAUAUGUUGCUGUAGCCUUGACAAUUACUGUAUUUGCACACUUAAUUUUUCUUUAUUAGUAAGGAAAUACACACACACACACACAAGGUAUUAAUCACCUCUCAUUUAUAUCCUAUUGUAGGGUCUAGGAAUAAUAUGUUGAACUAGAAAAUAUUUAGCUGUAAGCCAUAUUGUCAGAGAUUUUGUGUCAAUCACUAUGAAUGAGCCCAGAAUGCUGUAAUAUAAAAGUAGUGUACAUUUCUUUCCUAUUUAUUGUCAAACACUUGCUGUUUCACAAAUUGAAAUUAUAGUUAAAUUACAAUUAUGUUGAAGAAAUUACACUAAGGAACAAUCAAACCAGUUAUAUGAUCAUUGGAUGUAUUAUCAUCUACUGUAAGUUAAAUAUAAAUGCAACAUGCAAAAAUGUCAAA